AGCCAUGAGCAAGUCGUGCUGAUGCGCCCUCUUCCUCUCCCCUCCCCCCUCCCUCCCCUCCAGCAUCAGCUGCCCCGUCCCGUCCACGACCAGCAUCGAGGACUACGACUCCCGCCGGCCCCAAACCUCAGCGACCCGACCUUCCUCACCGCAACUCUUCAUUCAAACGUCACGCUUCCUUCGACUCUCCCCGCGAGGUCCCCCUCCCGUACAUGCCCCAUUCGCAUAUGCAUCACCUCUCCUACUCGCAAACACAGCAACAUGAUGUCCCACCCUUCCCCCACGUAAUGGGCGAUGGCGUCGAGGUCGCCGCUCAGGCAUCGCCCCCACUGUUUAUGCCCUAUGACCGUCCGUCGCCCGUGGUCAUCGCACCCGCGACAUCUGCGUCUGAUCACCAUGGCUCGACCCCCGCAUCUACGUCGUCUAGCGAGAGCAGCCUUAGUACGUCGUCCUUGUCUUCAUCGCAGGCCUCAAUGUCUCGCGUCGACACACCCAUGGACACCGGUGGCAGCCUGCCUACCGCGAGCGGUACCAAUCCUUACUUCGCUGGCGCUGUGCCCGGGCUCUCGUCUGCAUCCGCGUCCGCGUCCGCGUCCUCGUCGGUAUUCUCCCAAAUGCAGCAGACAUAUUCUCCGGGGGUAGGGAAGGCGCCGCAGGCGGGCCCUGUCCCGUUGUUCGCCCGCCCGUGCUCCACGCCGGAUGCCUCGAGUCCGAUGGCACCGCCCCCGCCGCGAAUACACUCCCCCCAUCCGGUGCGCGCCGCCACGGGUAUGCCUGACCGGACCUCCACGGUGAGCCUCCCGCUGCCUGCGCAUACCCCGUACCAUACCCUGCCGAGCGCGGAGGGCAACACUGCCUCUGCGGUAUCGUCGUCCGCGUCACGACCGCCGCCGCUCGAAUACCACUCGUCCUCCUCCAGCUCGGGCAUUUCCCUUCCUACGCCCCCCUCGUCCUAUUCCGCCUCCCCCGCCGUCCCGAACCCCCCACGCAUGCCCGCGCGUGCACGCCACUCGGACCCGUUCGACCGCGCUUCGUCACCCCCGCUUGGCCGGCUACUCGAGCGCGUAUACGCCGCGACAGAGGCGUCCUCGACCGGGCCCGCGACAACGUUUAUGGACCGCGAGGCGUUGCGCGAGAGGAGGGAGGCGCCACCGCCGCGGAUCACCCCCGAGAACCUGCCGCCGCCUGCUCCGCCACAGGUGCUGACACCGCCGCCGCCGCCCGUGAGCGAGGAAGGGCAGGGACAGAGACCGUACGAACCCUUUUUGGCGCAUGCGUUGCCGUCGAACGAUGCGUGGAUCGCGGUGGAGACGGUGCCGAGGGAGUAUAGGUUGCUUGUGAAGUUGCCCGGGUUUAGAAGGGACGCGAUCACACUCUCGACAAGAAAACGAAGGAUAUUGCAUGUCGUGGCGGAUUCGUGGGAGCCCAAUGGUGGCCACUUCGAACGCCGCAUAUCGUUCGGGUACGACGCCGAUCUAGGACAGGUCCGCGCCGAGUUCGACGGCGAGUACCUACAUGUCAUCAUCCCCCGGCGACAGUUCAAUGUCAACUUCUGGAGUCUCUGAGCUCCCCUCGGGAGCUCGCACAUCACGACACGCCCUCCUUCAUGAACUUUGCAGUAUACCGGCCGCGUGUGGCUGUAAUGAUCCGUACUUUAUUCAAAUCUGCUCUCAAGAGCG